AUGAAACCAAUUCUAAUGAAUGUUUUGGGUAAAACAUAUGAAAUCAAAAAGGGAUUAGCAACAGUUGGAAAUACAGAAACUUGUGAAAUUUAGGUGCCUCUUGUUGAUUGUUUCAGACUUAAACGUGAAGAUAACUUUUUAUGGGUCCAACCUCUAGUUAAUAUUCAUAGAAUAAAUGGAUUUGGUUAAAAGGAGUCUUUAUGUGCAGGGAAAGAAUUUGAAUUAGAUCUUUCAACAGGAAAGAAAGAGAUAAUUGCUGUAGAUGAACGAUUUACUUUUGAGUAUGGCAAAUCAAGAGUAAUCAGAAUAAAUUUAAUUGAUCAUAAUAAAUCUAUAGAUGAACCGCCAAUUAUUAAAAAAGUGUUAAAUGAAUCAAUAUAUUCUCAGAAUUCCAAAAUUGCAUAAAAGAAAAGCAAACCUCUACAUUAUUGUUUUGUUUAAAAUUACGUAUAUUAAUUAUAAUAUAUUUAGAUCAAAUAAUUAAAUGGGGUUUAUAAACUCAAAUUUUCUAAUUCUUAUGUUUGUGCAGAAGAUUAAAAUAAACUCUAUAAAUUGGGAAUAUAAAUAGACCCAAAUAAUUAUAAUAUCUUGGUUAUGGAUUCUUAUAAAAGAACAUUCAAUUUACUAUUAGCCCUGAAUUAAGGGAAAAUGAUAGUUAAUUCUUAAUGGAUAAAAGAUAGUCUAUCUUCAAUGCAAGUGUAGAAUCCAUAUUUAUAUGUUCUGAAAACUAAUAAUUUUAGUAUAUUAAAAUCAAUAGGAAGUUCUAUCUUAAAUAAGAUUUUCUUGAAUAAGCAAUUUUAUUUAAGUCCAGAUUUAAAAUCAAACAUGACUAAGGAAGAGAUAAUAAAAUUAAUAGAGGCUGGUGGAGGGACAAUCAGUAAUUAAUAAAGUGAAGUCAUGAUUGUAAAUAAUGGUGAGAAAGGUGGCCUUUAAAUGGAAGAAUUUAUUCAAAUGAUUUUGUAUUAAAAAGUAUGA